UCUCUUUUCGCUCUCAGACAUGGGCACACCACAGAAGGAUGUUACCAUCAAGCCAGAUGCGCCUGACACCCUCUUACUGGAGAAGCAUGCAGAUUAUAUUGCAUCCUAUGGCUCAAAGAAAGAUGAUUAUGAGUACUGUAUGUCUGAGUACUUGAGAAUGAGUGGCGUCUAUUGGGGUCUGACUGUAAUGGAUCUCAUGGGACAACUAAAUCGCAUGAAUAAAGAAGAAAUUCUGGCAUUUAUUAAGUCAUGUCAACACGAGUGUGGUGGAAUAAGUGCUAGUAUUGGACAUGAUCCUCAUCUUUUGUACACUCUGAGUGCUGUCCAGAUUCUUACUCUGUAUGAUAGUAUUAAUGUUAUUGACGUAAAUAAAGUUGUGGAAUAUGUUCAGAGUCUACAGAAAGAAGAUGGUUCUUUUGCUGGAGAUAUUUGGGGAGAAAUUGAUACAAGAUUCUCUUUUUGUGCUGUGGCAACUUUGGCUCUAUUGGGGAAGCUGGAUGCUAUUAAUGUGGAAAAGGCAAUUGAAUUUGUUUUAUCGUGCAUGAACUUUGAUGGUGGAUUUGGUUGUAGGCCAGGUUCUGAGUCCCAUGCUGGGCAGAUCUAUUGUUGCACAGGAUUCCUGGCUAUUACUAAUCAGUUGCACCAAGUAAACUCUGAUUUACUUGGGUGGUGGCUUUGUGAACGACAGCUACCUUCAGGUGGACUGAAUGGAAGGCCAGAGAAGUUACCAGAUGUAUGCUAUUCAUGGUGGGUGUUGGCUUCCCUAAAGAUAAUAGGAAGGCUUCAUUGGAUUGAUCGAGAGAAACUGCGCAGUUUCAUCUUAGCAUGUCAAGAUGAAGAAACUGGAGGAUUUGCAGACAGGCCAGGAGAUAUGGUAGAUCCUUUUCAUACUUUAUUUGGAAUUGCUGGAUUGUCACUUUUGGGAGAAGAACAAAUUAAACCUGUUAAUCCUGUUUUUUGCAUGCCUGAAGAAGUACUUCGGAGAAUGAAUAUUCAGCCAGAACUAGUGAGCUAGAUUCAUUGAUGCAAAGUUGCUUAGUAUAAUUUUGUCAUCCUAAAAUUUCUGUUUUGAAGUGCUUGUCAUACUUAAAAAUGACUGUUAAUAUUUUGUAUAUGAGUUGUGAUUGUGAUAAUUUUAAUAAAUUAUAUAAGUAUACAUAUUGUAAAAUAAAGGCCUAUCUUCAGCUUUUGCUUUUCUUAUAGAAUGCUGUCAUUCUGAAUACAAUAUUUUGUUUACACUUCAACGUAUUUAAAUUUCCCUAAGAGUAAGAACUCUAGUUAAUGAAGUCUUGUAUUUGACUUGAUUUCCCCAUGUGCUCCCUCCAUGUUAUGUAAUGAUAGUUCAUGUAAAUUGGUCUAUGUCAAUGAAAUUGUUAACUGAUGAUAAAUAUUGAUAUGCCCCACAUGAAUUAAAAGAUGCACAAAGUGAAAUAAACUUGAAAUUUGGGAGUUA